AUGGCUUCUGUUUGCAUAUCCAAUUGUGUGAAUAACAAAACUAUUUCCAUUAGACCAACCUUUGCAAACCUAUACAAGUGGCCAGAAUCCGAAGUAGAGUUUGUUAAAACUAUAAACUCUGACAAAUAUCGCGUUAAAGAUGAAGUUGAUAGCCUUUCUUGCAGACAAAUGUAUUUGAGGAGCUACAAAUUCUCAAGGAAGAAAAGUGUCACUUGGAAGACCAUAAAAUGUUUCAGCAGCAUAAAGGAGAGUGUGGUUUGUGGCAGCAAUAAUAGAUUAAAGAAUAAUAUUAAGAUUAUAGAGAGGGUCAAAUAUGUCACUCGUGUUGCUGUUUCAAUCAUUCACAGGCUCCUUUCUCGAUCCGACAAGGUUCAUGUGGGUUGCCAUGAUUUCUAA